AUGCAGCCGAGGGCUCGGAGAGCUCUGCUAUUUCAAAGAACUUCCAGUCCAGAAGAAGCAAUUCGCCCAACUCGGGCAGCCAGCAAACUGCAUUCCAAACGCUCGCUGGGCGCUCUGGAGCGCUCAGCUCCGUCCCUUCUCCUCCAGGAGGAGCUGCCGCCGCCCCUGCUGCCGCUUCCAGCCCUCAGGCGGGCACAGGCAAAAUCCAGCGCUCCUCAGCAUUUUUUUUUUUUUUUUUUUUUUUACCUCUGCCGGGACGCCUGCCGACCCAUUAUUUGUACAUCCAAAUCAAGCGCAGGUCCCCCUUUCUUCUCGGCCUCGCCGGCGUCGGGCAGGAGCAGCGCGCUGUCCGCGUCCCCUCCCCUCACCACGCCGGGGGACUCCUUCUCCGGCGGUCCCAGUCAGAAGCCCCCUCUAGUGCGCCUCGCCCCUGACCUCUUGCCCUUUGGUUUUAUUGUCCCGUGUCAGUUUCACUUUGUAAUCCACAAGGCUUUUUGUUUGGGGCGGGGUAGGGUGGUGGUGAUCGGUGCCCCUUUUCUCCCGCACUGUGGACGGUGGAGGCGGGGAAGUCGGCGCUGGACCGCGGCGGCGCCCCCAGCAGCUCCGGACGGCGGCUGUCAGCGCUCUCCGUCUCGCCUGCCCGGGCUGAAGGUUGCAGCGCCGCUGAGGAGCUGGAGCUCCGCGAGCCCCGCUCAACCUCCGGCUGGGCUCCCUCAGUCUCCCCGCCCCUUCCCCGCCGCACGCGCGCGCGCGCGCACACACACACACAAACACACACACACACACACACACACACACACACACAGCGCGCCGCCGAAACACAAACAGAGGGGGAGGGAAGACCGCGAGCUGAGCAGGACUCAGAAACUUUGCUCGCCACUCAUUGAUCCCCGCACUUUGGUUCAGCCGCACUGCCCCGGGCUCCGGGUGCUGUCACCUACCGCCCUCCCUCGCCCCAGCCCCAUUGGACCCGAGCUGAAGCGGCCCCGCCUGGCGCUCCUGCCGCCCGCGCGCUCCGACUUCGUCGGCCUCCGACUGGCUUCUCGGGAUGCUAAUCACUCCAGCCUCCCGGAGGACGGGUCAAGUGUAAGUCAUUUCACCAUUCCAUGAUGGACUCCUUCAUUGUAAAGUCAUGGACUGAUCAUAUCUGAGAACUUGGAAUCCUCAAAC